GCCUUUUCACUGGGGAUGUAAGACAUCGGGUAAGGAAAUGAAUAGAUUAGUAACCUCAUUAGUUUUACGAGAUAAAGGUGCAUUUAAUUUAGCACGACGUUACAGCAUCCUCGAACACAAAACUAAAGGAUCCUCAUACAUGAUUCACUUAGAUAUUUAUGCUCGACGAGAUCCCCAGCUUGCCCCAUAUCUUUUCCGAGAAAUAGACAUAGAAUAUAAGAGGAAGUGUCGAAAGGUGAUUUUUUUAUUCUGGCUUGUUACCCUUACCCUAGUUAUUGCGCUGCAAACCCGUCUCCAGGGCGAAACCUUACACUAUAUGCAUUCGUAUGCAUGCCGCAUAAGAGCAGAACACGCCUCAAAGGAUGAGGAUAAUAUUCAGCGUCGCAAAGCAUUUGUCUGCUUGAUGAAUGUGAUAAAGGAUGCUUUCAACCGUGACCAAAAAUGGACCAAGGCAGAUGAGGCAAAGGCAUUUAAAUGUCUUGAAAAGUAACAUUUUACCGUUGAGAAAUGCUAUUUUUAUAUAAUUAUUGGCUACAUUCGACAAUGAUAGACCUGUAUCCCAAAUUAUGAGGGCGAUUGAGUCGAUUCUCAUUCUUUAUUGCAUAGUAAUGAAAUAUUUUAUCACUGUCUGUUAAGAUAAUUUGUCACUUUAUGUAAAAA